AUGGCGUCGUCCGUCGCGGGCGCGAGCGCGCGCAUGUCGCGCGGCGUUUCCGGCGCGGAGAGCGCGCGGGCGGCUCGCGUCGCCGCGCCCUCUCGCGACGCCGGCGCGACCUCGACGUCGUCGCGCGUCGCGUCUCAGCGUCGUCCUCCGCGUCGUGAUCAUCGUCGCCCCGCGCGGCGAGGCGUCGUCGCCGCGGCGUCCGGCGAGGACGCGCCGCCCGCGGCCGCGCCGCCCGCGGCGGACGACGAAGACACAGCGCUCGUCGACGCGCAGAUCCGCGCGGAGCGCAUGGCCGUGCGUCUGAAGCUCCAGAGCGCGGGCGCGAGGCGCGAUCGUCCGUCUCUCGACGCCGCGAUCGUCCGCGCGGGCGGCGCCGCGUCGUCGUCGUCCAUCCCGCCGCGCCCGCCCGCCGCCGCCGCCGCCGCCGCUCCCCCCGCCGUCUCGCCCGAGCUCGAGCUCGAGCGCGCGGCGGUGCGCGCGCGCAUGCAGCGCUUCAGCAUCAGCCGCUACGGCUACGUGCGGCACGGCGCGAACGCCGGGAGGGUCGUGGACAAGCUCACCGGCGAGGCGCUCUUGCCGUCCACCGCCUCGAGCUCCCUGGACGACGAGUUCGACGACCGCGACAACCGGAGCGUCCAGGAGCGCGUCGACCUCGCGCGCGAGCUCGUGAAGCAGGCGGAGCAGGCGCGCGCGGAGGCGGAAAGCGAGCUCGAGGCGCGGCGAGCGCGGUUGACGCGGCUGUCGAGGGAGCUGGACGACGCGCGCGCGACGGCGGCGCGCGACGAGGCGGCGCGCGCGGCGGCGGGCGCGGCGGUCGCGGGAGCCGAAGAGCGACGGCUCACGCGCGCAAGUCUGGAGGAGAAGCCCGUCGCGGCGCCGCCGUGCGUCGGCGCGUCGAAGGCGACGCUGCGGCGGCAGACGACGGCGGCGGCGGCGGCGGCGGCGAGCGAAGACGAAGACGAAGACGGAGACGGAGACGUCGCGGGGUCAUCCGAGUCGGACGGAUCCGCGUCGUCGAGGUUGAGAUCGCGCGAAGACGAGGCGCUGUCGCGCGCGUCCGCGGCGAUCCGCGCGCGCGCGUCUUCGAGCCUGAGCCGCCUUCGCAAGCGCCGAACGUUGAAACGCGGGCAGAGGAAGGUGGAGAGCUCGCGCCCCGCGGCCGCGCCCGCGACGACGACGACGACGACGACGACGACGGCGGCGACGGCCGCCGCCGACGACGACGACGACUGCCGAGACGAGGGCUCGGACGGGUGCGUCACAUCGCUGUACCAAGACCCGGUGAACGACCCGUCGCGCGCGAAAUUCUCCUCGCUCGGGUCCGCGGCGUCGAACGCGCCGUCCACGCGCGCGGUCUUGCCGAAGCCGGUGUUCGUGCUGUCCGACUGCACCGGCGAAUCCGCGGCGAACACGUGUCGCGCGGCGUUGACGCAGUUUGAAGACGUGAACAAUCUGGAGAUGCCGACAAACUUUUACGUGUUUCGAUUCUUGAGCGAAGAGAGCGACGUGUACAAGAUCGUGCAGCAGGCGAAAGAGGACGACGCGCUCGUGGUGCACACGCUAUCGGACGCCGCGAUGGCGACCGCGGUGGCGACCGCGUGCAAGCUGUACGACGUGAAAUCCGUCAACUUGUGGGGUCGGCUCCUCACCGCGAUGGAGGAGCACUUGGACAUGAACCGCACGGGCGUGCCCCUGAGCGCGAUGGGCCGCGGCGGCGGGGUCGGCGAGGACGCCGCCGGCGGCUCGCGGCCGCGUCGAGGACACGCCGCGGCGGAGAGCCUGUCGAACGACUACUACAAGCUCAUCGAAGCCGUGGAGUUUACGCGGCAGAUGGACGACGGCGCGCGGCCGGAGCGGUGGAAAGACGCGGACAUUCUCAUCUUGGGCGUGUCGCGCACGGGGAAGACGCCGCUGUCGAUUUACUUGGGCCAGCGCGGGUACAAGGUGGCGAACCUCCCGCUCGUGCCGCGGGAUGGAAAGCUCAUGGUACCGAAGCAAAUCUCGGACGUGGACCCGUCGAGGGUGUUCGGUUUGCUCAUCGACGGAGACGUGUUGCAUUCGAUUCGAACGAACCGGCUCUCGUCCAUCGGCGUGCGCGCGGGCGGCGCGGACGCCGCGACGAACGCGAGGAGGGAGUACAGCGCGAUGCGGCAAGUCACGCAAGAGCUGAGCUUAGCCAAGGCGCUGUACGCGCGGAACCCGGAGUGGGAGGUGUUGGACGUGACGCACAGGGGCGUGGAGGAGACGGCGGCGAAGAUCUUGCGGAAGAUGUUCACGUCUGAAAACGCCAACAACUUUCAAGGGAUGGUCUCGACGUGA